GGCACAUUGUGUCCGGUACAGAAGAGGAACAAGAACAGGAGGGCGAGAACUUCCUACUGUCCCUCUGGCAGAGGUACCAAGUGCGUGGCCUAUCUGCAACGUGAGCAAAGUACUAAUUUUCAGAAAGCAAGUGAGACUGAGAGCCAUCCCGAGGCACGUGGAUCACGGGAGGAAGAGGACCGGCGCCAGCAUGGAUAAGGACAGCACAAACGUGGCAGACCAGCAGUAUGAAUGUGUGGCUGAGAUUGGAGAAGGAGCCUACGGGAAGGUGUUCAAAGCCCGAGACUUGAAGAACGGAGGUCGCUUUGUUGCGCUGAAGAGGGUGCGGGUGCAGACCAGCGAGGAGGGGAUGCCGCUGUCCACCAUCCGAGAGGUGGCAGUUUUGAGGCACCUGGAGACGUUCGAGCACCCCAACGUGGUCAGAUUGUUCGAUGUGUGCACCGUGUCACGAACAGACAGAGAGACCAAGUUAACACUGGUGUUUGAACACGUGGAUCAAGAUUUGACUACUUACUUGGAUAAAGUUCCAGAGCCUGGAGUGCCUACUGAAACUAUAAAGGAUAUGAUGCUUCAGCUGUUUCGGGGACUGGAUUUUCUGCAUUCACAUCGUGUGGUGCAUCGGGACCUGAAACCCCAAAAUAUCCUUGUAACCAGCAACGGGCAGAUAAAGUUAGCUGACUUUGGCCUUGCACGAAUCUACAGUUUUCAGAUGGCUCUUACCUCAGUGGUUGUUACUUUGUGGUAUAGAGCUCCUGAAGUUUUGCUUCAGUCCAGCUAUGCAACACCAGUUGAUCUUUGGAGUGUCGGCUGCAUAUUUGCAGAAAUGUUCCGCCGAAAACCACUCUUCCGUGGAAACUCAGAUGUUGAUCAGCUAGGAAAAAUCUUUGAUGUAAUUGGACUCCCAGAAGAAGAGGACUGGCCUAAUGACGUUGCCCUUCCAAGAAAUGCUUUCACUUCCAGACCCACACAACCUAUUGAAAAAUUUGUACCAGAUAUUGAUGAACUGGGCAAAGACUUGCUUCUUAAAUGCUUAGCAUUCAAUCCAGGCAAGAGAAUAUCUGCCUAUGUUGCCCUUUCUCACCCAUAUUUCCAUGAUCUGGAGAAAUGCAAGGAGAAUCUGGACUCUCACAUGUCAUCCAGCCAAAACUCCAGUGAGGUGAAUGCAUCAUAAUGCUGACUGAAGAUGAACCAUAAAUGAACAAGAUGUGUAGCUGACAAGGCCACUGUCCCACACAAACCACAUAGCUCUUCUAGCGAAGAUCAUUAUUUGGAGGUUUUAUGCACUUAUCUUUUAUUUUGGGAUUGUGAUGUGCUUAUCCAAGAAAAUCAAUCUAGUUUACUUUCAUCAGAGCAACACAAGGGCCAGGGCUUUGACCUGCUCCCAUUGCAGCUUUAUGUUUGGUUUGGUUUUGUUUUGUUUAUCUACCUGGGAAAACUCCAGAUGAAGAGAAGCUGCUGACCAGUUUUGCUGCCAUUUUAUCCUUUUAAUAUUGAAUGCUGCCAGUGUGGAGUAGGACGAUCGAGUUACUGCCAAAACAUGAUGCAAUCUCUCUCUCUAGCUGCUGAAGCAUGAUUUGGUACUUUUUUAAUUAUUAUGAGAUCUCUUACAGUGAUAUUUAAAGAAUGGCAUUGAAAUAUCAGAUCUCUCAACCUGCAGUUAACUGAUACAUGCAUUAAUACAUCCAGCUACUGUUCAUUCAUAGCAUAAAUGCAGGUGCUUCCCCACUUGAAAACUUGGAUGGAUUAUUUUAUCAUUUCAUUACUUUAUGAAAAUAACAGUGAUGAUGGUGAUCAUAAUAAAUGUCUCAACUUUUAGGUUUUUUCAUACACAAACGAGUUAUUAUCUAUCUACGUUUGUGUGUGUGUUGCAAAA